UAAUAAGAGAGAGAAAGACAUAUACUUCUAUCCUUGUUACACUCAUUGCUCAACGCAAUGUAAAGGAUGUAAAAAAAGCCUUAAAUUUUCCAACUACGAAACUUACCCAUCCCUGUGUAAAUUCAAGAAAUUUCUACCUUACCAACAGUAAAUUAUCUUUAUCAUCAAAGAACAACAUUGUAGUUCGUGACUGGCCACUAGAGCUCUUUUACGAUUGCGUUUCUUUUCUUUUCACGCCUUGUAAGAAGUCCGAAAUGGCUGAACAGACAGGAAAGUCGAAAACGAAGCCAGCAAAGGCUGCAACGGAAUCAGCUCCGUUAAAAAGAAGGCCCUUCAAAAGGCAUGGCCGUUUAUACGCAAAAGCAAUUUUCACCGGUUACAAAAGAGGAUUGAGGAAUCAACAUGAAAGUACAGCCCUCUUGAAAGUUGAAGGAGCACGAACGAUCGUUGAUUCCGAUUUCUAUAUUGGAAAACGAUGCGUUUAUGUCUACAAGGCAAAAAAUAAGACCCCAGUUCCCGGAAACAAAACUAAGAAAACAAAGGUUCGUGCUAUCUGGGGGAAAGUUACACGUCCUCAUGGUAACAGUGGUUCAGUUCGAGCAAAAUUCAAGAGAAAUUUGCCCGCCAAGGCAAUGGGACAUCGCAUAAGAAUUAUGUUGUUCCCAAGCAAAGUGUAAAUUUUGUUAAUGUAUAAAAAAAAAUUAAUAAAAAAGCCUUUUGGUAUAAAAAAAAAA